GCCGGGGAUGGACACAUAGGAUAACACGCCGGGGAUGGACACACAUAGGAUAACACGCCGGGGAUGGACACAUAGGAUAACACGCCGGGGAUGGACACAUAGGAUAACACGCCGGGGAUGGACACAUAGGAUAACACGCCGGGGAUGGACACAUAGGAUAACACGCCGGGGAUGGACACAUAGGAUAACACGCCGGGGAUGGACACAUAGGAUAACACGCCGGGGAUGGACACAUAGGAUAACACGCCGGGGAUGGACACAUAGGAUAACACGCCGGGGAUGGACACAUAGGAUAACA